AUGCGACAAAUAGACUGGCGAAGUUUUCUUACCAGUGGUGUUUUAUCAAUAUGUUUUGUUGCAACUUGUGCAAAUCGAAUAUUGGCAUUUCAUCAUUAUGGCAAUAAAAUGAAUUUAUCAUCUAAUACAUUUCUUUGGAUCUGGAUUAUUUUUAUUCCUGAUCUUAUUGUUUUAUUUAUUUUGUAUCUUUUAUUAUUUUAUGUUGGAUCGAAAUAUCCUCAAUAUAAUUUGUAUAGUAUUCUAGUCGGUUUAGUGUAUGCUCUAUUUAUUAUUCUUGUUUCAUCAUCUAAUAUUAUUAUGUUGACAAUAACAGGAGAAUCGAUCGUCAAUAGUAUUACUGAAGCAAUUCGUGCACCACCAGUUAAUAUUUCUGAUCCAAUCGUUACUUUGAAAAAACCAAUAAAAAAUGUUUUUCUAAUUAUUUUGGAAUCAAUUCAUGCUGAUGUUUUACCAUUGAAUGAACAUUUUCUUAAUGCUACACAAUCUACUUUUACUUCUGAUAUUCCUCUUACAAAUGUUACACCAAUAUUAAAUUCAUUUUGGAAAAAUUCUCUUCGUACAAUUGCAUCAUCAACAUCAUCUUAUACAUUAAAAAAAGUCAAUGAAGAAAAUAUAGUUUAUGAAAAAUGUUUACCAGAAUUACUUCAUUACACAUUUAAAACAAAAACUAAUCAAUCCAAAUUUCGUUCAGCAUUCUUUACAUCAGCUCGUGGAUCUAUUCCUGAUCUUGGUAUGUUUGGUCCUGCUGAUCCAACUAUUUUACCAUUAUUAUGGAAAUGGCUUGAUGACACUUUAGUAGAAGAUCAAAAUCAUCAAUUAAUGAUCAGUUUAUUAAUUACUGAAACACAUGAACCUUUUCUUUAUCCAGAUGAUCGAUCAUAUAAUGAUUAUCAAUAUUAUACAAAUGAUCCACGUAUAAAUGCUCAUCUAAAUACAUUAAGAAUAACUGAUGAAUUAUUUGGAAAACUUAUUCAUGGUUUUAAAUCACGAAAAUUAUAUGAUGAAACACUUUUUAUUGUUGUAAGUGAUCAUGGUUAUGUUUUUAAUGAUUAUGGAAGUCAAACAGUUGGUUUAUUAAGUUCACCUUUAGAAUCAGCAUUUUCUGUGCCAUUAAUAUUUCAUAAUCGAUAUCUUCAACCUAAACAACUUCAUGGACAAUAUUCUACCAUGGAUAUAUUACCAACUAUUAUGGAUAUAUUAUUAUCAUCAAAGAAGAAGAAGAAGAAGAAGAAGAAGAAGAAAUUAACGAAUCAAUUAUUAUCAUCUGUUGAAAAUCAACAAUUAAAAACAAUCUUAUCUUUAUAUGAAGGAACAUCAAUUCUUCGAAGAAGAACUGAAGAAGAAUCUAUUCGAUAUAUAUUUAAUUUAGCUAAUCCUGGUAAUUCAUUUCUAAGUGUUAAACAAUAUCCAAGAAAAUUAACUUAUGAUAUUACAAAUGAUGAAGUACAUUUAUAUCAUCUUCAAUAUGAUCCAUUUGAAUCCAUUGAUUUAAUUAAUCUUUCUAAUCAACCAAUAGACAAUUAUCCAUCAUGGAUUCACAUAAAUCAUCACAAACAAAUAUUAAAAUAUGGAUGGAAAGGACGGUGGACUAGUAAAACUAUUCGUAUUAGUAUGUUUAGUCAAAUAUUAUCGGAGAAAAACAAAAAUAAUCAUUGGUUAAGACCAAAAUCAGUUAUUUUAAAUAAUUCUAAAAUCAAUCUAGAUGAAAUGUUAAAUUGGGCUGAUCGAACAUUUGAAUUAACUCGGCUUUGGACUAAACUUAUUUUCAAAAGAUAUCGUACGAAUAAUACAAGAUAG